AUGUCGGUGAUCCUGACGGCCUGUCGUAACUCCAAACAAAAAGCAAUCGAAAAGGCGGGAAAGAAGAAGGCUGCCAAAAAGAGAGAGAAGAGAGAAGCCGCCAUGACAGCACUGACGGAGAAGUUGGCAGUUAGCGACCUUGAAGGGGAAAACAAUGUGAAAAUCUGGACUUUCCUGCUCAACGGCGAACCAACCAGUGUCGUGCUACAUCGUGAUUCUCUUGAGGUGGCUUGUAACGGAGAUGUCGUAGAGUCAACGAGUGACUUUUGCCAUUGCGGUGCAGUAAUCGAUUUCAGGGUUGGAAGCAGAAAAGCCCAGAUUACCAGCAGCCCAGGUUCAAAGCCUCACGACGGUCUCAUCUUUGCCCUGGCCAUCGAAGGCUCUCUUGUGCCAGACGUCUACGGCGAGGACAUCGGAGCCGCGGUUUGA